AGGGAGGAACACAGUCACCAACAGGCCGUAUGGCGGCACCCCCUCCCCGGCUAAUUCCAGCACACAUCUUAUGCCACCAGGAGGACUCAACUCAGCAGCGAGCAGCACUUCAAGCCUAUUGUCAAGCACUAGUACUGCUCUCCGUCCUCAACCAACAAAUGGCGCUACACCUCGUGCAGCCCUUAGCGCACCUCCACAAGCUAGCCCUAAAUCAUUAGCAGCAGCAUCCUCUAUAUCAGACAAGUUCUCCCUAUCCCCCGACCCCUCUUCAUGGGGUGGGAACCUCAGCAUGGCAGACCGGGAGUCGGAUGACUACCUACACAACCCUGAUCCGAAACGAGACAGGAAGAACGAUAGAGGGGGGACGAUGUUCACUGCUCGAGGGAUUGUCAACCUAGGGUGUCUGUUCAUCAUGGCUGCGGGUCUUAUCGCGCUCUUUGCGGGAUAUCCCAUCAUCUCAUUCUUCACUACCAACCAUCAGAAGACCCAAGGCGGCUUCAACCUCGGAGGGAUAAACAUGACGGGUCAAGUACCUGAGAUCACUGGUGCUCUGGGCCUGGUGGACACCCAGACACCCGAUUCGGCCAAGAGUCAUACAGGGUGGAUGGAUCAGAGCCCGUAUGAGCUGGUCUUCAGCGACGAGUUUAACGUUGAUGGGCGAUCUUUCUACCCGGGUGAUGACCCGUACUGGGAGGCAGUCAACCUGCAUUAUUGGGAAACGAACAACCUUGAGUGGUAUGACCCCGCAGCGAUCACGACCACUGGCGGGAACCUCAAGAUCUGGCUUAACAAGACGCGUAACCACAACCUCAACUACAUGGGUGGGAUGAUGAGCACAUGGAACAAGUUUUGCUUUACGGGAGGUUACAUCGAAGUAUCAGUCUCCUUGCCUGGUGAUCCGACGGUCUGGGGUCUCUGGCCUGCUAUAUGGACGAUGGGCAACCUCGGUCGUGCAGGGUACGGCGCGUCCCUAGAUGGGAUGUGGCCCUACACCUAUACGACAUGCGACGUCGGUACACUCGCGAACCAGACGCUAAACGACCAGCCCGUAGAUGCACUCACGACCGGUGACCCGAACUGGAACGGAGCGCUCUCCUUCCUCCCUGGUCAGAGGCUCAGCGCCUGCACCUGCCUUGGGGAAGAUCAUCCGGGACCGGUACUCUCCGAUGGGAGCAUGGCAGGUCGCUCGGCGCCAGAAAUCGAUAUUCUCGAAGCUCAGGUGUUUCAAGAUACACUGACGGGUGCGGUCUCCCAGUCUGUACAGAUGGCACCGUUUGAUGCGUACUGGCAGUAUCCCAAUCUCACCGAUGCGUACUAUAAGAUCUACAACCCCGAAGUCACCACGGCAAACACCUACCUCGGUGGAGUAUAUCAACAAGCCGCUUCCUCCGUAAGCGUGACGAACCAGAACUGCUACACCGGGCAUCAGUCGGGUGAAACGGGCUGCUUCGCCGUAUACGGCUUCGAGUACGAACCCGGCGACAGCGGGUACAUCACUUGGAUCAACAACGGCCAGCCGGCAUGGACCAUCUACCAAGCCGGUAUGGGACCAGACGACAAUGUCCAGAUCAAGAGUAGGAACAUCCCGGCGGAACCGAUGUACAUCCUUGCCAACUUGGGCAUAUCAGAGAACUUCGGCGCGAUCGAUUAUGACCAACUUGUGUUCCCUGUGUAUCUGCUUGUGGAUUAUGUGCGCGUGUAUCAGCGGCAAGGGCAGACGAAUAUCGGCUGCGACCCGGCUGACCACCCGACUGCGGCGUACAUCAACAAGCAUAUCGAGGCAUACUCGAAUUGGAACUUGACGACUUGGGACUCGUAUGCUCAAGCUUCGGGGUCGGUGUGGCCUAAGAACAAGCUGAUCGAUACUUGUUGAGAGCGGUUUCCUGCUCUCCUUCCAAUCCGAUUUGUUCUCCUGCCUUUCACCGUGGCUUCGUCUCCCACGGCCUUGUUUCGUCCAUACGCCCUUAUACGCCGUCGUUUGCCUCACUUGCAUCCACGUACCCGCAUAGACACGCUACCGCCAGAGCCGGGGCGUUGUAGCCAUACCGCACUCGCACUCCUUCACCGAGUGUUCUGCCCAGCCGACCCACACUGACCCUCGACUCCCACACACCCAGCUCGAAUCUCCCCACCCCGAUCCACCGAAACAACACAACCUACCAACCAACCUACCGACCACCCAAAAAGACAUCUUAACUUUGGCAUCUUGUUCGAUACGAGCACUCUCAUGCAUUUACCAUUAUUAGCCGCAAUCAUUCACUUCUUUUCCCUCUCACUUUAUCCGCUUUUAUUCG